CGUUUCUCAGAUGUGAGAAAAACCCGAGUUUUUAAGCUUCCAUGGCUCCAUCCCACACCGGAGUCGCGAUCGGCGUCGCUCUACUCUUCUCCAGUUGAAACUUGAUUUAUAAAUAAUGGCUCCUGUAGUAGCUUCAGACAAGAUAAAACCCAGAGAUGUUUGUAUUGUUGGUGUUGCCCGAACACCCAUGGGUGGCUUUCUUGGUUCUUUUUCCUCCUUGUCAGCCACCAAACUUGGUUCCAUUGCUAUUGAAGCUGCUCUUAAGAGGGCAAAUAUUGAUCCUGCACUGGUCCAGGAAGUUGUCUUUGGAAACGUUUUGAGUGCUAAUUUGGGCCAGGCUCCUGCCAGGCAGGCUGCUUUGGGUGCGGGAAUACCAAAUACUGUGGUCUGCACCACUGUUAAUAAAGUCUGUGCUUCUGGGAUGAAAGCUACUAUUUUUGCCGCACAAAGCAUACAGCUCGGUCUCAAUGAUAUUGUUGUAGCUGGGGGCAUGGAAAGCAUGUCAAAUGCCCCUAAAUAUUUAGCAGAAGCAAGGAAAGGGUCUCGAUUUGGACAUGAUUCGCUUGUUGAUGGAAUGCUCAAGGAUGGUCUGUGGGAUGUUUAUAGUGAUUCUGCCAUGGGCGUGUGUGCUGAGUUAUGUUCAGACAACCAUUCAAUAACAAGAGAGGAGCAGGAUUCUUUUGCUAUUCAGAGUAAUGAGCGUGGAAUAGCUGCUCGAAAUAACGGAGCCUUUACAUGGGAAAUUGUUCCAGUUGAGGUUUCAGGAGGUAGGGGAAAACCAUCAACUGUUGUUGAUAAAGAUGAAAGCUUAGAGAAGUUUGAUCCCAUAAAACUGAAAAAGCUCCGCCCAAGUUUUAAGGAGAAUGGUGGUACUGUUACAGCUGGCAAUGCCUCUAGCAUAAGUGAUGGUGCUGCUGCUUUAGUGUUAGUUAGUGGAGAGAAGGCUCUGGAACUUGGAUUGGAAGUGAUUGCAAAGAUCACAGGAUAUGCAGAUGCUGCUCAGGCCCCUGAGUUAUUUACGACAGCACCAGCCCUUGCAAUACCUAAGGCUAUUUCCAAUGCUGGCCUGGAGGUCUCUCAAGUUGAUUAUUAUGAAAUAAACGAAGCUUUUUCUGUUGUCGCACUGGCAAACAUGAAGCUUCUCGGGCUGCCUUCGGAAAAAGUUAAUGUGCAUGGUGGUGCUGUAUCCUUGGGACAUCCACUGGGUUGCAGCGGUGCUCGCAUUCUGGUUACUUUGUUGGGGGUUCUGAAGCAUAAUAAUGGCAAAAUUGGAGUUGCUGGUGUUUGCAACGGUGGCGGGGGAGCUUCUGCACUUGUUUUGGAGCUCUUGUAACUGUCAUUACUGACUAGCCUCAUGUUCAAGCGGAAUGGUUGUUUUAGUGAUUUUGAUCAUUUUGCACUGCAGUGUGCAUGUAGUGCUGGAAGAUUUCAUCAGAUAAGAUCUUCAGUAACUUAUUAAUAAUUUUGUAGCUUGUUUUCCUGAAGUUGCUGUUGUUGAUUUUGGUUGGUAAAUUUGUUUAUUCAAAUAACUAUGAUGAACAACCGCAGGUCCUACAUGUUUGUGUUGUUUUCAAUUUUAUAUUUUUAAUUUUAAUUUUAUGUU